GCUCUUUGGUUCGCAACACGGAAGUUUUAUAACAGCGUAGUUAUGAACACGGUCGCGACGUGAGCUGAUGUUACGCUCCACGGAAUAAUACAACUACGACAACAAAAUGGUCAAUAUCGGACUCACCAAAGUGGACGAUGCGCUGGCGGCCAAACACCCGGGUUUACAGAGUUAUGCUGCCUGUCAGUCUCAUGCUUUCAUGAAGGGGACUGGGACCUUUAUACUCGGCGCCGGGGGGUUAUUUGCCCUUCAGAUGGGUCUCCAGAGGAAGCUUCCUUAUCCCCUUCAAUGGAACCUUCUGAUUUCAAUAGUGGCAUCAUCAGUGGGAAGUUAUGCAGUGACUCGCUGGGAAACGCAGAAAUGCUCCGACCUUUGGAUUUUGCUGGAAACGGGCAGCGUCCCGGACCGAUCGCCGCCGCCGCCGCUGACGCAGGCGCCCAAACCAGAGGUGUCAGAAGCAACCGAGAAGACAAAAUACGGCGACGUGAUGGAGUGAACAAACUUGCGCAUCUACUGUCAGAUGCUGCAAUGAUUGAGUAUAGUGCUGCGUGUACAUUCUGUAUCCAAUUGCAUCCAAGGGUGUUUUUUGAUGAAAUGAAAUGAAAGUUCAUUUUUUCUGAGUUUGAGGCGCUUUUGAAUUUCAUAACGGCAUUACAGUGUGGAUAAACCGAUGAGUUUCCCAAACGAGAGGUCAGGAAUUAGUUUCGGUUAGUGGGAAGAAUCCAACUUUAAGCCUGUGAUCCGGUAUUAUUAUUGGGAUGUGUGUGUCUGACAUGCAACCGAAUUAACGCCGCUCCACCACAAGCAGCCACUAGUUGUCUCUGCAGUGCGCCGAUGUAGUUACAGGUGGAGCAACCAAAACGAUUAAACGGUUUUAUCUACAGUCGCUGUCAUCAUGUUUUCCAUGAACAACAUAGAGAAUAUAAUCGUGGAAUGACUCAUCAUUUUAAAUCGAUAAAGCAAUUUUCUUUUCAUCUGUUAAAAUGCUUAAGAUGCUUAGCAGUGUAAUCCACAUUAUGUAAUUCAUAUUUGUUGCCUCAAGACUCGGCAUGUUCAUUCCUAGGUCUUCAGUGCAGUUAAACCCUGCAAUAUAUAUUAGGAUCAAAUAAAGCAUUUGCAGUUGUUAUAAUGAAA